AUUCUCAGCAUAUACACCAUAUAAAGAGGAAAGAAUUGUAAAGAUAGCCUAGAAGAAACUUCAUCAGCUUAUUAGAACCGCUUUGAUGUUCGCUUCUUGACUUUGUAGAGCACACCAGGAGUAGCAGUAUCAGCAACGACAGGAGCGGUGGCAGUGGAAAAGCUGAAAUGAAGAAACCUAGUUGAAUCAAAUUUAUUCACAUUUCCAUUAUCAUCAGUCGAUUCUGGCGGUGAAAUGCUGGGACCGUAACGCUGAUUCCUGGAGCAGGGUUAAUUCUCACACCUGCUACGGAAGAAAAAGGAGUUAAGUGAAAAAAAAAGAAAAAAAUCAGCAGUAGCAGUGGGGGUGGAAAUGGCUUUCAAGAGCUUUGUUGGGAAUUCAGGUCCCGUGGCGCCUCCUAAAAAAUCCAUCUCCUUCGGCUCUUCUGAUCAAUCCCCUCCUCGCCCUUCAAAUAUUCCAGGCAGAACUUCUCCAUCUCCACCGCGGUCUCGACCCAAACCCAGGAAUUCACCUUCUCCACCUCAUGAAGCCCUGAAGCCAAGGCCCAGAGCCAGGUCUAGCUCUCCCACUCCUCCUCCUCUUAAUGAUGAUGAACACCAAAGAGAAAUCGAAGCUAAGGCGAGGAGGCUGGCUCGUUUCAAUACCGAGCUAAGUGAGCCAAUUCGUUCUUCUUCUCCUCCGUUGGGACGUCAGCAACAGCAGCAGCAGCAGCAGCAACUGAAUCCCCUGCAGAAGAAGGAGGUGGAUGAGACCAUGGACUGUGAAGAUUCAGAGCCCAUUCUGGGAUCCUGCCCAGAUAUGUGCCCAGAAUCUGAACGGGGAGAACGUGAACGGAAAGGUGACCUUGACAAAUUUGAGCGCUUACAUGGAGAUAGAAACCUGACAGACAAAUCCCUUGCUGUGAAAAAGUACAAUAGAACAGCCGAAAGGGAAGCUUCAUUGAUACGACCAUUGCCAGUUUUGCAAAUGACCAUGGACCAUAUUCUUACUCUCAUUGACCGGUCCUAUGAUGAUGAAUUUUUGAGCAUCUACAACUUCCUGUGGGAUCGAAUGAGAGCAAUUCGGAUGGACCUCAGAAUUCAGCACAUUUUUAACCAGGAUGCUAUAACAAUGCAUGAACAAAUGAUACGAUUUCAUAUUGUAGCUAUGCACGAGCUAUGUGAAUAUACAAAAGGAGAAGGAUUUUCUGAAGGCUUUGAUGCACACCUCAACAUAGAACAGAUGAAUAAAGCAUCUGUAGAGUUGUUUCAAAUGUAUGAUGACCAUAGAAAGCGUGGAAAUCCUAUUCUUACUGAGCAGGAAUUUAGAGGCUACUAUGCACUCCUAAAGCUAGACAAACAUCCUGGAUACAAGGUCGAACCUGCAGAGCUGUCUCUUGACCUGGCAAAGAUGACCUCUGAGAUGAGGAACACAAAAGAAGUUUUAUUUGCCCGAGAGGUAGCAAGAGCUUCUAGGUCGGGAAACUAUAUAGCUUUCUUCCGACUUGCAAGAAGAGCAACUUAUUUGCAGGCAUGCUUGAUGCAUGCUCAUUUUGCUAAGUUGCGGACUCAAGCACUAGCUUCAUUGCACAGUGGGUUACAGAAAAAUCAAGGUAUUCCAGCUGCUCAGGUUGUGAAGUGGUUAGCCAUGGAGGGAGAGGAUACUGAAGGCCUUUUUGAAUACCAUGGGUUUUCCCUUAAGCAGUUUGAGGAUUUAUAUAUGGUGAAAGAAGGCCCAUUCUUGAAUGGCGAUGUAGAUUUUCAGACAAAGUGUUCCCAGCUUGUACAUCAGAAAAGGUCUGAUAAGAUACUCCAUGAUGUGAUUUCUCCAGGUCAGGUGCCAGAAAUGGAUGGCACUUUGCAGACAAUUAGAAGUUUGGAUGCUCAAGUUGACAAAUUAUCGAAAAGGGCCAUAUAUCCUAAUAUACCUGCAUUUAAUUCCUCUGUUCCUCCUGAAGAAGAGAUGCCUGAUUAUGAGGAGGAUGUCCUGCCUAUUGAUGGUGAGAAGUUUAAAGAUUGGGAGAUGCAAGAACCAUUUGGAAGUCAACAAACCAAAAAGUUUGAGGAAGCAGAUAAACUGGAAAUGAGGUCCCCAAGACCAAUUUUUGGUGGAGAACCUGUCAUACCCCGUUCUGGAGCAAGAAAGCAUACCAUACAUCAGUCAAAGCCACUGCAAGAGCAGCGAGUAAAGAAAUUACGUAGAAAUGUUCCUGAACUAGAAUUGGAAAUCAAAAAGAGUUUCUUUCCAUUGAAGGAACAUUUUGGGAAUUUCAUUGAAAGGGAGGAUGCAAGAGGACCAAUAGUUCAUGAUAUUAAUGAAAUGCAUAGAAUCGAGACAGUAAAGGAUUGGACUGCAGUUGAAGAACCAAAUGACCAAGACGAGAAAGCAAAACUGGCCAUAUGGAAGGCUGAGGUUGAAGUUGCAAAGUUAAAGCUUCUUCUGAGGAGGUGGAAGCGUCAGGCAUCAAAAAUUGCAGAGAGUAGACAUAUGCGACGAUUGAAGGCCAAUGCAGCUUUGAAUUCACUCUUGGUGGGCCCUCCUGUUCGAUCUAAUAAAAAGAUUGUGUGCCAUGAGGAGCGUUUGGGAGGCAUACAGAACUUAUCAAUGGUAGAGCUUAACAUUGAUCAGAUUGUAAGGGAAAGAUACAACAUGCACACUAGAAUGUGGUCAAAACUGGAUGUACCAGAAGUAAUUGGACCUAUUCUGAGUCAGAAAAAUCCUCAGGCCAUGUGUCUUUGUUGGAAGUUAGUUUUAUGUUCUCGAAUUGAUGACAAGUCAUGUACAAAUUCCAGCCAAAUUGUCGGACAAUGGUUGCGGUUUAAAAUGAUGGGUAAUGAUAAAACAGACAGGGAACAGUCAUCUGUCUCUAUCUCAGAAGUGGCUACAACUGAGCGUAGAGACUCUAAUAGAUUGUUUUGUUUGUCUAUAUUAAGAGACGUUUCCUUCAAUGUUGACAGACUUGAAAAUGAGGAAGCUAGCUUAGGAGCAAGUGGCCUUCUGUUUCUGUUGGUUGAUAAAGUUCACUGGGAUCUUGAGAGAGGCAGGCUGCAGUCUCUUGUAGGGAGUGUGAAACCUGGUUCUUGCUUGCCUCUCCUUAUAUUGAGCUCUGUAAAUGUUGAAAUAAGCACCAUAGAAAAUCAGUUAGAGCUUCAAAAGUUGGAUAGGAUGAGGAUCGGUAGCUGGUCUGUCAUCCUUGUUACAGAGAAUGAACAUGACAAUGCCAAAGGAUUCCUCAGUGAUGAUUGUUUAAGAAAGGGUUUAUUGUGGUUGGCUGAUCAUGCUCCACAACAACCUAAUGUUUAUCCCUCUGAUGUCCGGAAUCUGGUUCUGGAGUCAUUGGAACCUUAUUUGAACAUUCUCUUAAAUGCAAAUCCUUUAGAGGUAACACCUGGCUAUUGCAUUCAUGCUUUUAAUCAGGCACUGAAUGAAACUGAAAGCGAUAUUGUUUUAGCAGCACAGAACAGUCUUCCUGGCUGGCCUGCUCCUGAAAUAAAGGAUCUUGAUGUGAGAGUAGAAGGUGGAUAUCUAGAGUCAUAUAUGCCUAAAUCUGGAUGGAACAUGGGUUUUAAUAUUGAUGCUAUUGUUCAUGCUCUUAGGUUAUGUAGACUCCCUGAGCUUUCUUCAUUCGACUUGAAUCCCAUUUUCUGUGGAGUUGGUUCGCAAGAAUUUGGAGAUGAGAUCCAAGAACGAAAACUCACUCUUCAGAAGUACUUGUAUCAAUAUUUGUGCCAGAUAAGCUUUGCAAACAAAGGUGAUUUACUGACAUUAAAAGAAGCUGAUUUAAUGGUACAAAACCAUACUGCCUGUGAGUGCAUUAAUUCAAGGCAUGUAAUUGUUCCCGAAUGGGCUACCAUAUUUCGCAGAAUUUACAACUGGCAGUUGAUGCUAUUAGAGAGUGAACCUGCUGCUAUUGUUUAUGUUUCUCGUCCACGAAAAAUUGGCUUGUUGGUAGAUGAACUAAAGCAGCAUCUUCUUUCUUCUGUACGUCAAAUCUUUAUGACCUCUGAUCGUGCAUAUCAAGUUACACCUUCAUUAAAUGAAAUGUUGGAAUCAAGUUGCAAGGUUAUCUCCAGGGCUCAAGGCCUGGAGCCUAAUGUGCAAACUGGGAAAGUCCGAUACCAGCAGCAUGCAAAGGAUACAACUCCAGAGUGUACGUUGAAAAAUAGUUUCAUAGAUUUUGCCAAAAACUCAUAUGGUCAAAAGCAGCAUCUUCCUUCUCCUGUAUAUCAGAUCUUUAUGACCUCUGAGCAUGCAUAUCAAGUGGCCUCUUCAUCAAAUGAAAUGGUAGAAUCAAGUUGUAAGGUUAUCUCCAGAGGUCCGAGCUCGGAGUCUAGUGUGCAAACUGUGAAAGACCAAUACCAGCAGCAUGCAAAGAACUCUAGUCCAGAAUCUAUGGUGAAAAAUGCUUUCAUAGAUUUUGCCAAUAAUUCGUACGGUCAACAGAAGUUUGCAUCUAGACAAAACAAUCCUCUAAUGGAGUUUUCUGAAUCAGCGGAACAUAUUGCAAUGGAAGUGGAAUCCCAGAUUCCAGAUAGUGAUGAGGUGCGGCACCAGAUAGAAUUUGGUCAGACAGAUGGAGAACUUCAGCUUAAUCAGGUAUUAACUGACUUCUGUGAGAAGGUAAAUGAGCAAAAGCAGAGGAUUGCUUCGCUAAUAGAAGAGACAAAUAUGGCAGAUUGUUCACCUAAAUUGAAUCGAGCACCUACUCUAUGUAUAUCAAAAGAAGAGAAAUCUGCUUAUAAAGAGAUCAGAAGAUCACAGGGUUGGGGUUUUGAAUGUCUAUCCUCUAAUGCCAUCGAUUGCAGGUCGGCUGUUUCUUUAUCACCUAGGUCAAACAGCAAUGCCAUGGAUAAGUUGAGUAACUUGUUGGAGCAGUGCAGUGCUGUUCAAAUCUCUCUCGACAAGAAAUUAGUAGGCCAUUUUGGCGAAAAAUAAUAUUUAUGGGCUGAAUUUGAAUUCUCUAUAUAUGUGAAUGCAAACUGAGCUUUUCCGAUUUGAAAAUGGAUCCCUUUGUUGUGAGUGUAAGCACGACAAAAGUAAUAACAAAUUAAGGAGCGUUUUUGAAAGAAAAUGACAAAAUGUUGAUGACAAAUAUUGUAUGCAUUGUGGCAUGUAAAUGUUGCUGUAUGGCCACAAAGCACAUAAUGGCAAUUGUCUUUUGGUUCUCUCA